AUGCCGGCUGCUGCCUCGACUGCUAAGGGCGUCGCCAAGAAGGCGACCGCCGCCAAGAAGGCCACGGGCCUGACCUACGAAGAUAUGAUCAAGGAGGCGAUCAUUGCGCAUGGUCUCGAGGCCCGUCUCGGUCUCGGCCGCCCUACGAUCAAGAAGUUUAUCCUGGCCAAGCACCCCGACACGGGCAGGAUCCCUCUCGCGUCGUUCACCUCGCACUUUAACCAGGCCGUUACGCGUGGCGAGUCCAAGGGCGUGUUUACGCUCCCCAAGGGCGCGAGCGGCAAGGUGCGCCUCGCGGCCAAGGCGCGCGCGGCCACCGACAAGAAGACUGCGGCGAAGCCCGCGGCAACGAAGGCGCCCGCGAAGAAGGCGCCUGCAAAGACUGCCGGCAAGAAGACUGCGACGAACCCUGCUGUGAAAAAGACUGCUACCAAGGCUGCGCCGAAGAAGACCGCCGCGAAGGCCACCGCGAAGAAGGCGCCCGCGAAGAAGACGACCUCGAAGCCUGCCGCGAAAAAGACUGCAGUCAAGGCCGCGGCCAAGAAGGCCUCGAAGCCCGCCACCAAGGCUGCCAAGUCUACCGCGAAGAAGGCGGCCAAGCCUGCUGCCAAGGCUGCCAAGCCCGCUGCAAAGAAGGCGACCAAGCCUGCUGCCAAGAAGGCCACGAAGCCUGUUGUCAAGAAGGCGUCUACGGCCAAGCGCACGCCCACUGCGUACAUUGGUAUUGCUAGGUUUUCUAUGAGCGAGCCCCAGAACACGCCUCCGGCUGCCCCCCCGGCCGACAGCGAGGGCCCCUCGAAGUCGGCCCAGAAGAAGGCGGCCAAGCUUGCGGAGAAGCAGGCCAAGGCUGCUGCGAAGAAUGCGCUAAAGUCGGAAAAGGUGACGCCUGCUGCGCCGAAGAAGGAAAAGGUCAAGAAGGAGGUCAAGGAGGAGCCCCAGUGGGUCGACCCCACCGUUCCUGGCGAGAAGAAGGACCUGUCUGCGCCGAUGGAGAGCGGCUACAACCCCUUGCACGUCGAGUCUUCCUGGUUCGAGUGGUGGGAGAAGCAGGGCUUCUUUGCGCCUAAGGAGCCGAGCGAGUCGGACCCCUACGACCCUGCGCGCACCUUUGUCGUGCCGCUGCCUCCGCCGAAUGUGACCGGUGCGCUGCACAUUGGCCAUGCGCUCACGAUCUCGAUCCAGGACGCGCUCGUGCGCUUCUACCGCAUGAAGGGCUACCGCGUGCUGUAUAACCCCGGCUUUGACCACGCCGGUAUUUCGACGCAGAGCGUGGUCGAGAAGCGCCUCGCGCGCCUCGAAGGCAAAUCGCGCUACGACUACGGCCGCGAGGCCUUCCUCGAGAAGGUCUUUGCGUGGAAGGAUGAAUACAAGGAGCGUAUCGGCAGCCAGAUGCGCCGCCUCGGUGCCUCGUUCGACUUCUCCCGCGAGGUCUUUACCAUGGACGAGUCGCCGUCGCGUGCGGUGACGGAGAACUUCUGCCGGAUGCACGAGGACGGUAUUCUGUACCGUGCGAACCGCCUGGUGAACUGGUGUGUGCAGCUGAACACCACCCUGUCGAACCUCGAGGUGGACCAGAAGCAGCUGAACGGCCGCACGCUGAUGAACGUGCCUGGCUACCCUGCGAACGAGCGCAUCGAGUUUGGUGUGAUCACCUCGUUUGCCUACCAGAUUGUCGGCAGCGACGAGCGCCUGAUUGUCGCCACGACGCGUCCCGAGACGAUCCUCGGUGACACGGCCGUCGCGGUGCACCCUGACGAUGCGCGCUACAAGCACCUGCACGGCAAGCUGCUGCAGCACCCCUUCCUCGACCGCCAGAUUCCUGUCGUGACCGACUCGAUCGCGGUCGACAUGGAGUUUGGUACGGGUGCGGUGAAGAUCACGCCCGCGCACGACCCCAACGACUACGAGGUGGGCAAGCGCCACAACCUCGCGUUUAUCAACAUUCUGAACGACGACGGCACGUUGAACCACAACGCCGGCUCCUUCAAGGGCGUGAAGCGCUUCACGGCGCGCCGCGCGAUCGUCGACGCGCUCAAGGAGAAGGGCCUGUAUGUCGAGACCAAGGACAACCCCAUGACGGUGCCCGUCUGCUCGCGCUCCGGCGACGUUAUCGAGCCGGUGAUGAAGCCGCAGUGGUGGGUCAACUGCCGCCCCCUGGCCGACGCGGCGGUCGAAGCGGUGCGCAAGGCCGACAUGCCGAUCGAGCCACCGCAGAGCAAGCGCGAGUUCUUCCGGUGGAUGGACAACAUCCAGGACUGGUGUGUGUCGCGCCAGCUGUGGUGGGGCCACCGCUGCCCUGCGUACUUUGUCAAUAUCGAGGGCGAGGAGCAGGACCGCGGCGAGGGCCGCUGGUGGGUCGUCGGCCGCACGCUCGAGCAGGCGCAGGAGCGCGGCGAGAAGCUCGCUGCCGGCAAGCCCUUUACGCUCGAGCAGGACGAGGACGUGCUCGACACGUGGUACUCGUCCGGCCUGUGGCCCUUCUCGAUUCUCGGCUGGCCGAACCAGACGAAGGAGAUGCAGUACUACUACCCCAACUCGCUGCUCGAGACCGGCUGGGACAUUCUCUUCUUCUGGGUCGCGCGUAUGAUCAUGCUCGGCGUGUACCUCACCAAGGAGCUGCCGUUCAAGGAGGUGUUCUGCCACGCGAUGGUCCGCGACGCGCACGGCCGCAAGAUGAGCAAGAGUCUCGGCAACGUCAUCGACCCGAUCGAUGUGAUCCAGGGCAUCUCGCUCGACGGCCUCCAGGCGCGCCUGCGCGAGGGCAACCUCGACGAGAAGGAGAUUGCCAAGGCCGCCGCCGGCCAGAAGAAGGACUACCCCAAGGGUAUUCCCCAGUGCGGUACCGACGCGCUGCGCUUCACGCUCUGUGCGUACACCGCCGCGGGCCGCGACAUCAACCUGGACAUUAUGCGUGUCGAGGGCUACCGCAAGUUCUGCAACAAGCUGUGGAACGCGACGCGCUUUGCGCUGCUCAAGCUCCAGGAUGGCUUCACGCCCCUGACGCUCGAGGCGCAGGACGCGUUCCAGCCGAAGACGCUCGUCGAAAAGUGGAUCUGGCACCGCCUCAACGAGACUGCGAAGCAGCUCAACACCGACAUGGAGGGCCGCACGUUUAUGUCGGCGACCGCCGCCGUGUACAACUUCUGGCUGUACGACCUGUGCGACGUGUACAUUGAGGCGAUCAAGCCCAUGACCGAGGCGGACGCAGACCCCGCGGUGCGCACCUCGGCGCAAAACACGCUGUACGCGUGCCUCGAUGCGGGCCUCAAGCUCCUGCACCCCUUUAUGCCGUACGUCACCGAGGAGCUGUGGCACCGCCUGCCCCAGCGCCCGCAAGAGACCGCCGAGACGAUCGCGCUGUCGCGCCUGCCCGAGUGGCGUGCGGAGCACAGCUUCGAGAAGGAGGCGAGCGAGUUCGACGAGGCCUUUGCCUCGGUGCGCGCCGCACGUGGUCUCGCGGCCGACUACGGCCUCACGUCCAAGAUCCAGGUGUUUAUCGAGACGGCGGUCGACAGCACGCGUGCGAUGCUCGACACGCAGCGCUCCGUCGUGCACACGCUUGUCAAGGGCUGCGAGUCGGUGUCGGUUGUUGGCCAGGCUAGCGACGUGCCGCCCGGCUGCGUGGUCGCCUCGGUCUCUGCCACGAUCCAGGUGCACGUCCUGGUGCGCGGCCUGGUCGACGUCGACCAGGAGCUGAGCAAGCUCGCGAAGAAGCUCACGCUCACCGAGACGCAGCUCUCGCGCACCUCUGCGCUUACGCAAAAGCCCGAGUGGUCCAAGACGCCCGAGGACGUCAAGACCAGCACGCAGCAGCGUCUCGACGACCUCGAGGCCGAAAAGAAGGCCCUGCUCCAGGCGCAGGCCAACUUUGAGAACCUCCGCGGGGAUUAA